CGUUUGACUCGUUUCGUGGAGUUUGGCCGUAAGAUAGUGUGUGUCGGCAAGAACUAUGGCAAACACGCCCAAGAAAUGGGGGGUAAAGUGCCCGACAAACCACUCAUCUUCUUAAAGCCCGCCACCGCUUAUGUGACCGAAGGAAACCCUAUUAACGUAGUAUCUAAUGAUUUCCCGUCGGUUGCGGAGAACUCCAUCACGAGGUAGAGCUCGGAG